UCAGACCAUUCUCUUGAAUUCUCUCCAGCGGGCCGUCGUGUGUUUUGAUCGAUAAGAGUGAGAAAAGUCCUGAGAAGUUUAAAGAGUGCGCCUAACUGUCUCUAAAUAACAAAACACACCGUGUGUAAACGGUUUAGUUUAAACGUAGAAUUGACAGAUCGUGUUGGAAAUGUUGCUAGCGGAAGUGAAAAGGCUGAAAGUGGCCGAGUUGCGUGCGAUGUUAACCGAGCGGGGGCUGGACUCCAGAGGCCUGAAGGCCGAGCUGGUGGUCAGACUGAUCUCUGCGAUCGAAGCCGGUGUUGAGCCCAUCACAAGUGGAGCUGAGGGGGGUGAAACGACGAGUAAAGAGCCGCAGAAGUCUCACUCAGAGCAGUCUGUUAGGACGCGGUCUCCAGUGAGCAUUGAUCCUCCUAAAGAGAGCAUGACUGCUUACACUGACCAAAGCACACAGACUGACCCUCUUCAGCUGUGCUCAUGCACUGCACCAACAGCCAUCUCUGAAGAGGAGAGACAGCAGCAUCCAGCCGCCUUGGCAACCGUUGCUACGGAAGAUGCAGAGUCAGGAUGCUCAUCAUCAGUCUUGGCCACUUCAGAGCCAGAAACCGCACAAGAGCAGUAUGGAGCCGAGACCGUGGACUCCACGGCAGACGAGAUCAGGCAGCUCAAGAGAGGCAGAGAUUAUUACGAGUUCAAAGAGGAUGUGCAUUACAACAGAGCUAAAACACCAGAGCUGCUGCCGGAGCCCGAGGAAGAAGCGAACAUAGAUUUGGAAGAUGUUCGACUGGAUUCCUAUAGCUGUGACCUGCACUUCGAGGUGGACUCUGAUGGAAGCAGCGGUCAGCCGCUCUUCUGGGAGACGUUCCCUCUGCUUUGGUCGGGGUGCAGGAUGACCCAUGGAUUCCGUCAAGGGAAGGUCGGAUUCGAAGCCAAGUUUGUGAAGCGACUGUCAGCUCCUGCGCUGGACACAAGCUGUGACCCGGAUCCUCAUGUGCUCAGAGUGGGCUGGUCUGUGGACAACACAAGCCUUCAGCUCGGCGAGGUGGAGCUGUCGUAUGGUUAUGAUGGACGGGGGAGGAUCGUAACUGGAGGAAAGGAAGAGGUUUUCGGCGAGCCUUUCACAGAAGGAGACGUCAUCGGUUGCUAUGCGUUCAUCAGCGAGACCGGAGAGGCGACGCUUUCGUUUCACAAGAAUGGACGAUCUCUCGGCGUGGCGUUUCGCCUGAACUCUUCCACUCUCGGAGGUCAGGACCUCUUUCCCCACGUGCUUUGCAAAAACUGUUCGGUUGCUGUAAAUCUGGACCCGGACGCUCCCUGGCAUCCUUUUCCCGCUGGUUUCUGCACGCUGCUCACACUUCCUCCCGGUCGCAGGACUCGAGCGCUUCUGCCGACAGCAUCUAAAAGUGAAUGCGAGGUGUUGAUGAUGGUUGGUUUGCCGGGUUCUGGUAAAACCCACUGGGCUCAUGCUCACAUGCUCCAGAACCCAAAGAAACGGUACAAUCUUCUGAGUACAGACUCCAUCUUGAACUGCAUGAGGGAGCCUCCUGGAGCCAAUCACAGAGAGCUGAUGCUGCAGCAGGCCACUCAAUGCGUCAGUCAGCUGAUCAGAAGAGCUGCAGCCCGGAGGAGGAACUACAUCCUCGAUCAGGCCAACAUUUAUCAAUCUGCCCGGCGACACAAGAUGCUGUGUUUCCGUGGUUACCAGCGAAGAGCGGUGGUGGUUCUUCCAGCUGAUGAGGUGUGGAGGAGACGUCUUGUUCAGUGGCAAGAGCAGGAGGGAACGACCCUUCAGGAAACGUCUCUUCUCAAAGCCAAAGUGAGCUUCACGCUUCCAGAGCAGGGAGAGCAUCUGGAUCAGGUGAUGUUUGUGGAGCUCAGCUCUGACGAGGCCCUGAAGCUCUUAAUGCAUUAUAAAGAGGAAGCCCGCCGUCUCCUGCCCACACCUCCCAAGCGCAAAAAACACAGACAAGGAAGUCAAAACCGUCCCAUUCAUCAUUGUGGAUGGAGAGGAGGUCCAUUUGGCUCUCACUUUACAUCCCAGAAAAAACAGGGUCGCCAUCCAUCUGCCUCGGGUCGCUCUUACGGAUGCAGCAGCGAUCCACAGCGAUACAGGAAUUAUUACAGACCAUACACUGGCCAGUGGAGCUUGUCCGAGCAAAACUAGAGUUGUUAUGGCGGAGUGUAUCAUGGCUGUUCGAGUUAGUUCUGAUAAACCCAGAACAUUGACACAGCAGGAAACAUCCCAAUCAGAGCGUGCUUUGCUCUGAUUAACAGUGCUUCAUCUUUACAAAAAUAAUUGGUUCUGUCUGGCUGUAAUUUCAUUAGCAUUGCUCAUAAUGAGGAGCCAGCUUGAGUCCCAGAAUGCAGUUUGUUUUUAACGGGUAGCUGCUCAUACAUCAUCGGCUGUUUAUAUUUAUGUGUUAGAAUUAUCAAAGACUGUUAAAAUGUAUUUUCAGGGAUCUACUGAAUUUUAUACAGUUUUAUUCUGCUUUCUAAACACUGAAUCAUGAUUGAUUUCAUCAACAGCAUUGUACUGUAAAGAAGACAUUUCUUAAUAUUUCCACUUGAGCUUCUUCGAAAAGACUUUCAUCGAGAAUCCCACACUAACAUUCACCAAAGUAAUUUUUUUAUCUUUAUUGAUUUAAUAUAAAAAGUUGUUUCUUUAAAAUUCUGUCACCGAGAAUACAUUUCAAAUUAAAAGUCUGUCACAAAAAAAAAUACAUUUCUAUAGAAAAUGAUGCAGGAUACACUUCACAUGUAUUCAGUACAAGAACUUCUGUAUAUAUAUUAUGAAAAUAUUAUAACUUUUAACGGCCACCAUUAUACAAAAACUACUGUUUUGUAAUGUAUGUUUUUGCAACCUUUCAAACAAGUAAAAAUAAACUGUUGGUCCUGACAGAUCAGAUGAAAAAAAGUUAACCAGAAAUUAAAAUGUGCUCACUCUCAGGACAUCCAAGAUCAGGAUGAGUUUGUUUCUUCAUCAGAUUUGUAGAAAUGAGGCAUUGCAUCAGUGUCUCAUCAAUGGAUGCUCUGCAGUGAAUGGGUGCCGUCAGAAUGAGAGCUGAUAAAAACAUCACAAUAAUCCACAGCACUCCAGUCCAUCAGUUAACAUCUUUAAAAGCCAAAAGAUACAUGUUUGUAAGAAACAAAUAAUCAAUCUGGUCUGAAUCAGGAGAGAAAUCUGCUCAGAUCAAACACUAUUUACAAGCCAAAAUAAAUGUGUGUGGAUUUUGAUGUGAGAGACAACAGAAGAUUAACUUUUUAGCUGAAGUAAGCAUUAUUAUGGAUAAUGGUCUCAUAAUUUAGUGCCUUAAUAAUAGAUCUGUUUCUAACAAACGCACUGCUUUUGUCUUCUCCAGAAGUUUACUGAUUGUCUGGAGUGGUGUAGAUUACUGUGAUGUUUUUAUCAGCUCUCAUUCUGACGGCACCCAUUCACUGCUGAGAGAUUGAUGCAAUGCUUCAUUUCUACAAAUCUGAUGGAGAAACUCACCUAUCUAUAUCUUGGAUGAUCUAAGAGUGAGCACAUUUUCAUCAAAUGUUCAUUCAUAUGCCAGUGAACUGUUUCUUUAAAUGGUGCAAUGACUCAUGUUUACAUGACCUUCUUGUGCAAUUAUUCAGAGGUGUUUGAGUAUCUGAUUAAAUUCAGCAAUCGGGCAUCACCCUCUGAUACAGCAGCACUGCACCCUUCGCCGAAGGACACAUCUCUGACCACAUGAGGGAGCGCUCGUCUAACUGGAACACUUUCUGUAGAAUAGAGUUGAGAAAAUGGAAAUGCAUUGAGGAAAUUACUUGUACUAGGUUUUUGUAACACAUGCAUCCUAUAAGCAUUUUGCAUAUGUAAAGAGAACGUGAAUAUGAUAUAGUGGAUUAGUCUGUGUUUAUAUAAACGCUUACCGCUCGACUCAGAAA